AUACCAGGUUAUCGUCUGCCUGCUGCAAAACCAGAAGUUGUUGUAUUGUAACUUGAUCUUUGAAGUGUUUUGUGCAAGAUUUCUCUGAUUGCUGAACCGACCAAAAUGACACUCUGAGUGAUCGUAUCAAUGGCAUCAUCCAGAUCCCAGUCCAGAACGCCUGGUAAACCCUCCCAGCCAUCCAGACCAUCUGGUCUGACGCCAACAAAGAGUGCCCAGGGCACCAGGGAGGCAGGUCCCGCAGCUCGGCCUAUGAAGAAGCCGUCCGAUCGACUGAAUCCGAAAACUAUUGAUCCGUUUAAAGAGACAAAGAACCCCAAAUCUGCUUUUGCAAGCGUCUACGCCAAGGGGGGCAUACCAUGCAGGUUGGUACACGGUUCAGUGAAGCACAAACUACAAUGGGAUGCCAAUCCAGAAACUUUACCCUUUGACCCCCUAUUGAUAACCCUAGCUGAGGGUUUACAAGAAUUCAAGCAUCCAUACCAGUUUGUUGCACGGCAAGGAUUCAAGGAACUACUAGAAGUGUCUGAUGUGAGUAGCAAGGCACUGACCGUCUUACCAAGGAUCAUUGUGCCACUUCGGACUGCAUUGGGUUCCUCCAAUGGUUCUGUUUUCGAGGGAGCAGUGGAGUCACUUGUUCACCUGAGUGUAGCGGUGGGCCCACAGCUUAAUCCCUACCUCAAGUCAGUACUCAGCUAUCUUUCCAAGAAAUUGAUGGACAAGAAUUACAGGGAGUUGGUUACAGCAGCAUUACAGCAGAUAGAGCAGGCCUGUGGAAAGGAAAGCCAAGCUAUCAUCAAAUCGAAGAUACCAACCUACUCCUCCGUCAUAUGAUUGACCCCUGGGAGAGGUCAUCUAAAUGUCAAAGGUCAUCUGGUGUAUAUAAUAAUUGUGCAAUACAGCAGCUGUGUAAAUAGAUCGAGGGAAAAGUUUUGAGUUUACAGUAAAUCGCCAUUGGCAGCAAAACAAAUCAAUAACUAAUUUGGGAGUGUUUUCCCCUAAUCAUUCAUUUAUGCAAAUGUAUGCAGUUUGAGGCGUGAUACGGCAUCCAUAGAGGGUAUUGAGUGCCUUUUAAUUGAUAUCAAAUUCUACUGUUGUUUUGCGCAGGUGUGACCAGAAGGUCGAAAACCAUACAAAUUGUGUUUCAGUCUUUGCUGUUAAUUUGUUAUUAAGUCUUUAAAAUUAAGCCAUGGCUGUCUUGCAGAGUCAUCUUCUGUAUGCAGCAGUUCUGAAUCGGAUUUGGAUAUAGUACUGGGGCAUCUGACAUCAGUCAUAUACCCAGGCUCGUGACUUAGUCUUUUAGGUAUUGAACAUCUUGCGAUUUAUUUUUUACUCCCGAAUUCAGAAUUUUCUCAAAAUCUCCUUUAGCCGACAAAAUUCCUUGCAAGAAGUAAAAGCUAUCACUGAAAUGGUGGAAGAAAUAAUCUACAACGUGUCCAAACCUUUAAUUUGGUAUUUCUCGUGAUGCAUAGGCCUUGAAUCUUCAAGCAUCCUGUACUUGUAACAUCUAAGAGGUUCCGUGUCUAGAAUGAGUGGGGAGCUAGACCCGCAAGCCAUUUUGAAGAUUUGUGAAAUCUCAUCGCUAGUAGUGAUCAAAACGUAGCCAAACUCAAUGUUAUUGAUAUUGCCUAAAUUAUUAAGCCAAUUAACUUCUAUCUGUACUUAACAUACAUUUGGUUGUGACAUGCCUCCAGUCAUCACUUUUUUGGAGAAAGAUGCUGCAAGGACACGUCGGAUGCCUCUCAGUGUGUCAUGCAUUCUUGGAAAGUGAUGACGGAGACACUGGUCUGACCCUUGAUCAUUUAAUUUGACUAAUAGUGAUUUUAUUUUUUCAUGAUUUAAGGGUUUUCUCAAAAUCGCCUUUAGCCUUCUCCUUUCCUUGAUAAUUUUUAAAAUUAUCAAAAUGAAGAAAGUUCUACCUCACAUUGUGUCCAAACCUUAGUUAAAUGUAUUUCUAGUGAUGCACAGGCCUAGAGUCUUCAAGCCUCCAGAAUCGUAACAUCUUAGAGGAUCUGGAUCUAGAAUAAGGAUCCGCUAGCCAUUUUUCAGAUUUGUGAAAUCUCAUCGCUUGUAGGCCUAGUGAUCAAGCCAUACCCAACCUCAAUGUGAUUGAUAUUGCCUAAAUUAAGCCAAGUAACUUCUUACAGUACUUUACACACACACAUUCAGUUGUGACAAUGUGCCUCCAGUCAGUUCACUUGAAAAUUCCAGCUAGUGAGUGCCUGGUCAUUUUUGUUGAGAAAGAUGCUGCAAGGCCACUUCGGAUGUUUAUUUGCCUCUAUUCUCAGUUUGUCAUGCUUUCUUGGAAUGUGAUGACGGAGACACUGGUCUGACCCUGGCCCAUUAGUUGCUCUGUGGAUUGAAAAGUAAAAGUAGAUUCCAAGCAUUGAGGGCGUAUGGAGAAUACCUUUUAACACAAACGUACAACGACCAUCGAAUUAAUGUGUACACAUCGAAGCCAAGUAUUUUGAUUUAUAAGGUUAUCAUUUGCAUUUAACAUCAGAUAGCAGCAUUACAUGUGUUUUGCAGCCUUUAGCGUCCCCCCUUACCGUCCAUUUCGUUUUUGGUUAGUUGGUUUGCUUUUGACUGAACUUAUGUUUGAUUCAGGUUUUUGUGAAUGUAUAUUCUUCGUGUGUUUUAGAAAAGUAAAUACAUAUGCCUGCCCUGGCGUUUAAAUAGCAAGGAAGAUGACAAUGAAACCACACCCCAAUGGAAAUAGUAAAAUGUACAGUAAUAUUAAAGGUAUUUUUUACGAUAAGUAUUGAUUAAACAAAUCACCUAGCGUAAAGUUGGAAUCAAGUAGCCUACUACUCCUCUGUAAGAACCGAAAAAGUACUGCUUUCCGAUACUGCUCGCCACAUCUGAUAUAGAACUCUUCUAUACAAUAAGAACCACAUCUGUGUUGAACCAUAAGACCCCUAUCCUUCUGUAUCUGCUAAUUGCCGCCUCCGUAGGAACCAUGGAAGUCUGAUUAUGCAUGCUGAUUAUCACUUCUGCGAGGCGGAACUGCUUUUCAUAUCCAUUAAAAUCACAUCUGCUAUAGGUGCGAUAGAACUAUAUUAUAGUCCUGUUUGUGUAAACCAGAACUACUUCUCAUAUGCGAUAGAGGAACCACAAUACUAUAGUCAUGAACCAGGGAACUGUUAUACUCAUUCACUAAAAACCACGUCUGUUACAGGACUCUACUUGAGACUCUAUAUAUAUUUAAACAAUAAAAACAUGUAUUUUUUCUAUAGACUUGAAACUUCUGACGAAAUUAAUGUGUAUUUAUUUAUUUGGGGUUUGUUUGUUCGUUUUUCUUCGGAAUGCGCAUUUAAGAUACCAGCAGCUGCUUACAAAUACAACAUCCUGUAGACCGUCACUUCUGUUUUAUUUUGUUUUGUUAUUUUUGUUUUAUUGCAAAAACUAUAGGCCUUUAUGUAUUUUAAGGAAUCUCCAUUGUAAACUAUUUCAAAUUCCGUAUUGAUUUGCUCUCCUUGCACAGAUGUUGAUGUUAGUCGUAUGCUACGUGAUCGUAAAUGGAUCAAACGGACAUCUGUGCAUAUAUUUGUAGAGACACACCUGCUCUUUCCAGAGCCAACACUCGCACAAAAGAGAUUUACACAUGGUUGUACCCGCAGGUUUCUGUUUUAGUUUAUUCCUAUGUACACCAUUCAAAGCACAAUGUACAUUUUAUAAGGUGACACGAUGGAUGAUAUAUACACUAUGCCCACAUGGUUGUGGACCCAGUAAAUUAUGAAUUGUUUUGUUAUUUUA